GGGGAGGUAAGGACGAUGAGAUCCCCUGUCGGAGGAUGAGGAGCAGCAGUUACGUCAAAGCCAUGGGUGAUGAGGAGAGUGGAGAGUCUGACUCCAGCCCCAAGACCUCCCCCAUGAAGACGGUCCGGCCAGAUGCCCUGGUCAAGUCUGUCAUGCAGAGACCGCUCCUAGACUCCCAGAGGUUAGGCCAUGUAAAAUAUCCAAGCAUGUGUAACUGAGUUAAGGAUGUGCCGUAAGCUCACUCCACAGCUAGCUUGAAAUAUCAUGGAUGGAGCCAUCCAAUCGGUACCCUUUGGGUGCCUCAACCUGUUGGAACGUUGUUAAGGAGGGCGGUGUUGUGUGUUGCGAAGCAGAGGAUCACUGGUUCAAGCCCAGUAUGGGGCAGUCAGACAGUGGAGGAAGCUAAGCUGUUAGCAGCACACUGACCCCCAUUACACAUGCAAUGCCAAAGAUUUGAUCCUAGAUCUGUGGUUAAUAAGGGCAACUUCUAGAACUUGUAGAAAUAGCAAAUUAAUGAAUAAAUGAAUCAGAUUUGAUAUCUAUAGUGAAAAGUUUUGAAUUGUUUAUAAAGCAUUGUUAAGUGUGCACACUGUGGUAUAAAAUGAAUGAAUGCUGGAAAGGAUUAGAUAGGACAUGAUGCAGACACAAUAACAGAAACGAGGUUAGGAUAAUAAUGGCAUGACGUUAGAACAAAUGCAGCAGAUUAACAUGAAAUUAGAUUACAAUACUUGUCCAUUGGAUGAGACGAGCAGAAUUCUAACACAGCGACAAUGGCACAAGCAAAAACAUAUCCUGGAUAGAUGAUUCAAUAAGAGGGGCAAUAAUGCUGUUUGCCUUUUUACAUACUCUGUUGGAAGGCAAUGUUGUUAUUGGAUUAUAAGACUGCAUAUUGUAGUCAUCUACCUUUCUUUACAUUAAAGUCAGUGAGGAAAAUUUUAACCGAAAUUAUGCAAUGAUGUUAUUUCCAUAGAAAUGUCUCACCGUUACAAAUUUGGUUUCAGAAUAGUUUUAGAGCCUUUAAUUAAUUUCACAGAGUGUUUAAAGGGGCACACUAGUUAUUUCCUCUGUGUCUACUUCGACUCCCACAUGAAAAAAUACUAUAUUAUACUAUGGUAUAAAUACUAUAGUAUUCACUGAAAUGUUUUUGCGGACUUUACUGUUGUAUUCACUGUAGUGUUUUUGCGAACUACAGUGAACAGUGAACACUACAGUGAAUAGUGUACUAUUUACUGUAGUAUUUACUGUUAACUAUAAUAUUAAUACUGUAGUAAAAGAAAACUGUAGUAUAUACUAGGGUAAUUAAUAUAGUGUUUUUGUAGAUUGUAGUAUACUGUAGUAUUUACUGUAGUGUUUUUGCGGACUGUACUAUACUGUAGUAUUUACUGUAGUGUUUUUGUAGAUUGUAGUAUACUGUAGUAUUUACUAUAGUGUUUUUGCAGACAUUACUGUAGUAUUUACUAUAGUGUUUUUGUUUGAUUAUCUUUGACAUAGAAGUGGUGGCUUUCUCCUUCAGGAAACCUACUGGAGAAAUACUAAAAGAGCACAUUUUCCAUAACCUGUAGGUAGGUAGGACAGGGGUCUGAACGGAUAAUAAUAUUUUCUAUAACCUGUAUGGACACAAUGGUCUAUACUUGGCAUGUAGAUUUCUCACUUAUGGGUGGCACAAAUUGGGAUAUGGGUGAGAGGAAUGUGCAGGGUAUUUGGAAAUGAAAUAUUGUAUAAUUUACUAUAGUUCAAAAAGUGUAGUGUUUUUGCGGACAUUACUGUAGUAUUUACUACAGUGUUUUUUUGUAGAUCAUACUGCAGUAUUUACUUUGGUAUUCUACAGUAUACUACAACAUUCUAUAGUAAGUACUACACAUGAUCAAGAGAUACUACAGUAUGUAGUAGAAUAAUCUACAGUAUACUACAAUUAAUAUAGAAUUCUAUAGUAAGUACUGUAGUAUUCUAUAGUAAACUGUAGUGUUUUUUCAUGUGGGCUGUUCCUUGUCCUUGUAUGGUUUGUUAAUUGUCCUUGUCAAUGGCUGCUGUGUUUGCCCAGUGUUUCUCCCAUUUCCUUGUUACCUCACUUCCUCACCUUCACCCCUGGGGCACUCUCAUAUAUCAUUCAUAUCCUUGUCAAUUUAGGUCGCAGAGCAGUGGCAGAGUUAUAUUGCAAUAAAAACGUGGUCAUUUUAUGAGUUCCUGUGGUAGUUCAAAGGUGGAUCUCAGUGUAAAAUCCAUCUCCCAUCGACUUUCAGUCUAACUGGUUUUAGAGUUUUGUCUUGAAUUAAAUGUGUUCUUCAUUGUGUCAGUGCAGGUAUGAGAAAGUCACUAUUCUCCGAGCCACCGCUAUAGUUUAUUCUUUAUUGCGUUUUUAAUGUAAGCAUUAUAUCAGACAUAAAUACAUUAAAUUGUACUUGGCGAAUCCAUCUUUCCCUGAUGUAAUUGUUAAUGUAGCGCCACUGUCUGCCAGAGCAAGCACACUUUCACUCUUCCUCAAAGGCCACUUGUCUCUCUUUGUUCAUGGUUGAAUAUGGAAACAGUAAUAACAGGAGGGUUCAGGAGUCCAUUUUAUUAAUGUUCCAUUGUAAAACCCUCCUCCCAGACCAGACACAUUGACUGACAUGUUCUGGACUCUAUCAAUGUACAGGUCUCUAUUAGAUUAACUCUAUUCUUGGCACUCGCAUAACAGGCUACUUUGUUCUAGCACAGUCUUCAUUUUGGAAAGGGGGAAUGUUUUGUUGGUGCUAUUAUGGCAUACCGAAAAUUCUAUAUUUCUUCUUGGUCAUUUGAUUGACACCAUUACAUUUAACAGCAAAAAUGCCAAUAUGGAGAUUGAUGGUACAUGAUGUUAAUUUAGUGUUGUUAAUACAGUGUGAAACCUAUUGCCAUAGGUAAAUGCAACGUGCCUGUUGUAAUUCUUGUCAUGGAGAUCCUAUGUAUCUCUAUCCAUUUCUACGGUGCUCGUGGUAUCCCUGCUGUACUGCUGCAUCAGCUCUAUAUUGGUCUUGAUCCAGUUAUGACAGUCAUCAACACCACAGUGCCCUCAAAGCUCAUCACUAAGCUAAGGACCCUGGGACUAAACACCUCCCUCUGCAACUGGAUCCUGGACUUCCUGACAGGCCGCCCCCAGGUGGUAAGGGUAGGUAACAACACAUCUGCCACGCUGAUCCUCAACACGGGGGCCCCUCAGGGGUGCGUGCUCAGUCCCCUCCUGUACUCCCUGUUCACCCAUGACUGCAUGGCCAGGCACGACUCCAACACCAUCAUUAAGUUUGCCGACGACACAACAGUGGUAGGCCUGAUCACCGACAAUGAUGAGACAGCCUAUAGGGAAGAGGUCAGAGAACUGGCCGUGUGGUGCCAAGAUAACAACCUCUCCCUCAACGUGAUCAAGACCAAGGAGAUGAUUGUGGACUACAGGAAAAAAAGAGGACUGAGCACGCCCCCAUUCUCAUCGACGGGGCUGUAGUAGAACAGGUUGAGACCUUGAAGUUCCUUGGUGUCCACCAACAAACUAUCAUGGUCCAAACACACCAAGACAGUCGUGAAGAGGGCACGACAAAGCCUAUUCCCCCUCAGGAGACUGAAAAGAUUUGGCAUGGGUCCUCAGAUCCUCAAAAAGUUAUACAGCUGCACCAUUGAGAGCAUCCUGACUGGUUGCAUCACCGCCUGGUAUGGCAACUGCUCAGCCUCCGACCGCAAGGCACUACAGAGGGUAGUGCGUACGGCCCAGUACAUCACUGGGGCCAAGCUUCCUGCCAUCCAGGACCUCUAUACCAAAAAUGGUCAAAGACUCCAGCCACCCUAGUCAUAGACUGUUCUCUCUGCUACCGCACGGCAAGUCUAGGUCCAAAAGGCUUCUUAACAGCUUCUACCCCCAAGCCAUAAGACUCCUGAACAGCUAAUCAUGGCUACCCGGACUAUUUGCAUUGCCCCUCCCACCCCACCCCACCCCAACCCCCUCUUUUACGCUGCUGCUACUCUGUUUAUUAUUUAUGCAAGGUCACUGUAACUCUACCUACAUGUACAUGUUACCUCAAUUACCUCGACUAACCGGUGCCCCCGCACAUUGACUCUGUACUGGUACCCCCUGUAUAUAGCUUCCAUACUGUUAUUUGAUUUUACUGCUGCUCUUUAAUUAAUCUAUUUUUUACUUCACACUUUUUUUUAAAGUUUUUUUUUUUUAACUGCAUUGUUGGUUAAGGGCUUGUAAGUAAGCAUUUCACUGUAAGGUAUUGUAUUCGGCACCUGUUGUAUUCGGCGCUUGUGGCAAAUAAAAUGUGAUUUGAUUUGAUAGUAUCCUACCUCUCUCUGUAUGGCUGUGGUGAGUUUCUCUCCUCCCCAACCCCUGCAUGCUGCAGCAGCUCUGCUCAUUACCAUUCAACACAGGUUGCUAAAUUACUGUUAGGGGACAGCAAGGCUUUUUCCUGGAAAAUACUGACAUCACAGCAAGUGAAGCAAACACAAUCCCUUAAUACUCACACCGCUGUCAGCCUGACACACGCACAAUUAAAAUGAGUUACCCAGGAUUCUGGGGUGUUAAUUACAUUUCAUUUCCACUGCUAUUUUUUGCAAAGGAUUAUUAUUUUGUCUGAUAAGAAGUUGAAAUUAAAUUUGAACGGUUUAAAAGUCCUCCGUGAGUGUAUAUGUCGUUGACGUGUGAAAGCAAUGUGUGAAUGCACGUCAGUGCGAUAGGACACGCACACACACACACACACACACACACACACACACACACACACACACAGUACUACACAAUGCAGCAGUUUAUUAUAUUAAUUAUGUGAUGAUAGUGGCUUUGCUAAUGCCCUUCAUCAGCCUAUGAUCCAAAACCAGUAGCUAUGAAAACAAAAUGGUUUUUGGAUUUGGGUACUAACUAUUACACUCCAUUAAGAAUGCCACUAAACAGGGAGUGAUUUAGAGGAUGGAGCAGCAGAUAUCCAUUGCACUUAUUAUGCUCUGAGGGUCUCUCUGGGUAAUGCCUCUCUCAGCAGUUAGUCCAGGAGCCUGCUGUUCUCAGUGAAAGAGGAAUAUUGACCUUUAUGGAUAAUUGUAUGUUGCCCGGCCCCACGGCCCGCCUCAGAGUCCAUUGACAACAAUACAAGUAUGGAGACAGUUGAUGAGGUUUCUCCUGUAUUCACUGUAGACAGUGUUGGGCUACCUCAACAUGUUAGUGUUGCAGUGUUGGGCUACCUGGUUCAGGCCAGGCUGAAGAAUGCCUGCUGUGGAGGCCUUUCAUUAAUGACUGAAGGGGCUGAAUAGUAUUCUCUUUGUCUUACCAUUUGUCUUCCUGUGACACCUCAGGACUGCUCCAGUAUUGCCUGUCUGUGGCUCCUAUUGUAGCUAUUGAAGUUUGAGCCUCACCUCUAGGCCCAGUAGUUUUGGCUGACCUUGAGGCCCAGAGUUUUUCCUGGUAAGUUCACAUUGUCAGUAAAACUCCUGGCCCUACUAAUUUCCCUUUUAAUUUUACAUGUUAAUUUUGACUAAUUAUGAACUCAAAAGAUACUUUAUAUUUUAAUUGUUUUAGACCCUGGCUUGUGCCAUACGAAUUAUCUCUGCCAUUGCUCCAAAAAUGGUCCAGAUUUGGCUGUAGUGUGGGGCUCCAUGCUUGAGUGGCAGUGCUAAUCUGAGUGGCACCUGACAUAAAAGCUCUCAUAAUAUCAUGGCUCACUGCUUGUUUGGACUGAAUUGGAUUGGAUUUGAGGCGUGUGUGUGAGCAAGGUUGGAUUUCUGUUCCCAUUUGAAGCAAUUUCCUCUCCCUCGGGGUCGCGGUGGGUGUAAAUUUGACGGCAGAGGUUCUUGUAGCUAAUUGUGUUAAAGUGAGAACAGCCUUUGGUUUGUGUCACCUCCCUCUCAUGGCUGACAGGGUGGUUCUCUAUCCACUUUCUCACCAAUAAAGAAUACAUCACCGUCACCAAGCCUGUCUCUAGGCCCAUUCAGCUGAAACGCUCCACCACAAGAGGGGGCUGACAUUGAUGGUCAUUUUAAUUAAUGAUAAUUUACACCCACCAAAAGGUGCCUUGGGGUCCCAAGCUGUAGGUUGUAGACUAAGAUGAAUUAAUGUUAUUUGUAUCGGAUUUCACGCAGCGAUACAAGGGACUAGCCAUACUCGUUUAAGGGAUGUGUUAAUGAUGAUGAUAAGGACUGGAAAGGCAUUUGGCAAAAUAAAGCAUCACUGCAUAGCAGGAUAAGUUAAUGAGUCAAUCAGGCAUGGUACACAUAGCGUUUGAUAGAGGAGCAGAGGAGCACUCCCCCUCAUUGGAGAGAGGCACACUUUCUCUAAAGGCUGCCUUCCCAUUAGGAAUGGGGGGGACAAGAUCUACGAAAGCCAAACCAAUCAACCCCAGCUAUUUGAGGCAGGUUUUAAAAUAACUCUGUUUUUUUCUCUUCAAAUUAUGAUUAGCCUGUUGAGUAGCAGUCAUAAUGAACCAAAAUGAACAUGCGUGACGCAUUCGUUAGUUCCUGAUGUGAAAUAAGGCAAUUAGUCAUUCAGAUUGCGAUUGCGUAUCAGAUGAACGCUUGUUGCUCACAUCUCAAUGUCGGAGAGAAAUCCCAUUCCAUUGAUUAGUUGCUGUUUGAGACACUGCUUCGUUGUUUGUUGAGCUGUUCCCAUAAGACUUAUACUAUAUACAGUAGAUCUGUGUGGUACUUUCACUCAUAGUUAAAGUCCUUGUUGCCUUUAAGGGUACAGUCAUUAUUAACUGUAAUAUCCCUUUCAUACAUUUUAGUCACUUACAGGAACUAGGGUUAAGUGCCUUGAUCAAGGGCACAGGAACAGAUUUUUCACCUAGUCGGGUCAGGGAUUCGAACCAGCGACCUUUCAGUUACUUAAACACUAGGCUAUCGGCCUCCACAGCAGGCAUUCUUCAGCCUGGCCUGAACCAGGUAGCCCAACACUGUCUACAGUGAAUACACAGACCAAAAUCCCACUUUUUUAAAGCAGCGUUUUGGUACAUCUGAAAGGGGUAGGGGGUAAAAAACAAAGUCAAUUAAAACCCACCUAAAGACCUAGUCAUGAUUCCUGCAUUUUCACAGACCCUGUAACCAAAAUACAGGUAUCGUGUUUGUGUGAAUGGUUCUCAGUUUUUUUGCAGGUAAAUUCAUUAACACUUCCAUUUAUUGUUUAACGCCUCCCUAAUUUGAACUUCAAACAGCCCCCUCAAAAAAAAAGAAAGAAAGUGGUAAAUAAGGGGCUGUUUGAAAGGGGCUCAUAUAAACAUUGGCUUAUAUAUUUUUUGGCCAUGUACCUGCUAUUUAUUUCUAUCUCCUACUGUAUGUUCAUGGUGCGGAUGAUGAUGAUAAUAGCUUUUAAUCAUUAGACACUGAUGAUUAUAAUGGAUUUAUAAUGUGGCUUAAACCCAUUUGUAGGUCCCUCUGACUUCCUGAUUUCCUUACUGUCUCUUGACCCCUGUCUUCCGGGAUGAGGCUAAACUGCACUGCUCAUUAUCUUGAGUCCCACUGACAGUAAACAUUAAGACAAUGUGGUUAUUCUCUAUUGGGCUUUGCUGUUAGUUCUGGUUGUCUGGGCUGCUGUAGGCCAUAUAUCUGCUGACCUUCCUGUUAUAGAGCAGACACAUUUCCCAGAAGUUAUAAUGCCUAGUGUGUUCCUAUUGCCCUCAUCUGUUCACUCUCAAGGUUUAAUGCACUCUCUAUCUCCCUCUCUCUCUCUCUCUUUCUCCCUCUCUCUCUCUCUCUCUCCCUCUCUCUCUCUCUCUCUCGCUCUCUCUCUCCCCCUCUUCCUUUUUCUCUUCCUCCCUCUCUCUCUGGAGUUCAUUCUCCGGCUUUAUAACACACUCUCUUUCUCCUAGCUGCAGCAUUCUCCCUCUCCUUUGUACUCUUACAUAUGACUUUUCCCUCUCUCUCUCUCUCCGUUUUGGUAGAACUCAGCACAAUGACUUUGUCUCGGCAAAAGCAUCUUUGUUUAACCACUGAAAGAAUACAUUAGGUUCCAUUCACAGCCAGCAUGAAAGGCAGGAAGAGAAAGGGAGGCAGAGAUUCACAUCGUAUCAUAGUUUCAUAUUUGCCACCAAUGGGAAGUGCAUUAGCAACGGGUAGAGACAUUAACGCCAAAUGUGCUGGGGUAAAAAAUGAUAAAGGGUUGCCUUUUUGUGAAGGAGCUUGUCUAAGCUCUAUCGACUAUACUAGACAUCUCUACGCUGUGGGGAUGGGUGAAGUAAUGCACAGUAUCUCCGUCAGUCAAUGUGCUGCGCUUUCAUCUGAUGUUGUCAGCUAAAAGCUGGAGCUGCUUUCAGUGUUCAUGGAUGGAACUUUUAGUUGUAUUUUACUCCUCAGUUACGCACAACUAAUCUGCCGUUGGAAAAUGACUUUUUAUUCAUGAUGAGAGCCUCUGUAUUUUCAUUUACAUUGUUGUACACUUCAUGGGUAAAUGAGCCGUAACCUAUAGGCCUACUUAUAAUUGCUGAUGAUCUUCUUAAGUGCACCUUAGACUCAUUUUGUUUUAUAAUUGUACAACUGUGUGCUAAAAGUAAUCACAAUCGGAUAAUACCCCCAUGAUGUCUAGUCUGUCUGUCUGUCUGUCUGUGUAUUAUACAGACAGACACCGGGCAAUAACAUGAGGUACUGUCUGCCAUUAAGCACCAUUUCAUGACCAUUAAUUCCAUUAGUUGCAGUUGCGGCGGUCAGCUUGUCCAUAAACAUGUACUUGUAUCACCCUAAUGUUUGCGGCACUUUGGUGAACAUCACAGGCAAACAUUUGAUGUCCCCACAAACAUACAAAAUCAAUCAGAAUCCUUUGAUGUUGCAUCGUGAUCUCAGUCCCACCCGCAUCCAUUGACUGCCAACAGCAGUGGACUUAGUAACACUGCUUCUUCUCUCUCCCCACAGCUCUUACCGGGUGGAUAAAAUGAACAGUGACGUGCGCAACUACAUCACCAAUUUUGCUGCAGACUUAAGGUGAGUACAAGCACCGUGUUCUCCCUCUCUCUCUCUACUCUCUGGUGCUGCCAUGUUGCAGUGGUCAGGCUGAAAAGCCAGCUGGCACUGAGCCCUGCUGACCGACUCAAUAUGGACACCUCAUACAGCAAACACUCAUUGCUAGUCAAUGGCAAGUCAGCCAGGCCAAACUCCUAUUUCUCUUGCCAUGCCGCCUAGCCAUACAGCACCCUUGAACACAAUAAAGGCUCUGUCUAACCUACAUGGGCUCUUAGCUAUAUUGAUAGCACUGAGUUGGUUCCGUCUUUAACUGAUAUUGAAUGUAUCACAGUGGUAGCUGGUCUUGACCGGUGACUAAUCUUUGUUUUUAAUAGUAUAUUAGUUACUUUAACUGAGCCUCUGCACCUCAAUGCCCUUUUUUCCUAGGCUCAUCUCUGGAUGUUAUCUCUCCCAGGGAUAACUUGCUAUACAGUGUAUGAAUGAUUGAUAUAGUCGAUGAAUGCUGUAUAAAUACAAAAGGUCCAUAUCUGACCGUUUUUGAUGGAGUGGCAGGGUUAUAAUCACACCAAUUUUUGUUCCUACACAAAUGCUAGAAAACUGCUUACUCAUCCCUAUCUGACAUAGCAUUAGGUUAUACUUAUUUUGUAUUCCUAUGCUUUCUCCACCUACCUGUUCUCUUUCCAUCUCUUCCUCCCUCUAUCUCUUUGCACUUUACAUGUCAGUUUUGGUUGAAAAUGCUAGCAGUUCUAGUCCAACCUCUCUGUGACUCCAUGAGUAAAGGCUGUGUUGCCCUUCUGGGGAAGCACAUUUAAUUGACCUGGCUGACUCUCCUGCUCUCUCAGAAAUGCUUGCUCUGCUCGCUAACUAGCUCCUAAUUAGCAUUUCCCUCAUCGUCAAGCAUUGAUUGAAUGUUUCAGCACAAUAGCAAAUCGAAUUGCCAUUUCGAGGACACUGUUGAACACAGCAAUGAUUUAGUGGGGUGAGGAAGAGCCACCUCCCCUGUGGAAUGCAAUGUCAUAAUCAGUCUCAGUCUGAAGUUCAGCUCGCCCAGAGGAUGCCUGCCGUGAAGUUAAUAAGACUUCACAGUUUUUUCCCCCUUUGUAACAACUGUGGCAAUGUGUCAAAUUACUUGUUUAUUAGUCAAAGUACCUUUAAUUAAAAUGAUUAAGUUCAUUUCUACGGCACCUUGACGACUAUUGUCUCUAUUUCUCUCUGUGUAUGUCUCCUGUGUGUGUCUCUAUCUCUCUCUCUGUCGUCUCUCUCUCUCUGUCAUCUUUCUCUCUCUGUCGUCUCUCUCUGUCAUCUCUCUCUCUCUGUCAUCUCUCUCUCUGUCAUCUUUCUCACUCUGUCAUCUCUCUCUCUGUCAUCUUUCUCUCUCUGUUGUCUCUCUCUCUGUCGUCUCUCUCUCUGUCAUCUUUCUCUCUCUGUCGUCUCUCUCUGUCAUCUUUCUCUCUCUGUCGUCGCUCUCUCUCUAUGUCGUCUCUCUCUCUCUGUCGUCUCUCUCUCUCUCUGUCAUCUCUCUCUCUGUCGUCGCUCUCUCUCUCUGUCAUCUCUCUCUCUGUCAUCUUUCUCUCUCUGUCGUCUCUCUCUCGCUCUCUCUCUCUCUCCGUUCAGUCAGAACUACCACUUGCAGGCCUCCAGAGACAUGCACCCCCACCACCCCAGCAUGGCACUGGAGCCCUCCACCAACUACAACUCCCAGCAGCCACCUCUCCCAGCAGCACAGUUCCGCUCCAGGAACCAGAGCUACAUGCGGGCAGUCAGCACUCUCAGCCAGGCCAGCUGUGUUAGCCAGGUCAGCCAGGUGAGUCCCUGGCCUAUAACAAUGAUAUGUCCAGGAUAUUAUCAUUGUCUUACGUCAGAUGUCACGACGGCCGUCUGCCCUGACUCUGGCUCCUGUCAGUGGAUUUCGCGUUCUUUCUCUCUUCUUUUAUUCAAUGCUGUCUUUAACCUCCCUUAGAUUCAGGUACUUUUAUCUUAUACCACAGCAUUGUUGAAUACUCGUUUCUGAUUGGCUAGAAGGGCAUUCUAGAAUGGACAUUAAAACCAUUUUAAUGUGUAAAAGCCAAAUGGAGUAUGUUAUGUCUCUGGUUUAUAUUCAUUUAAGAUCUAAAUCUCUCUCUUAAAGUCGGGGUGUAUUGAUUUGUCCCAAGUCUUAAAAGCUCAACCGCUCCCCCCCUAAUUCCCUGUGUCUAUCUCUGCCUCCACGGUACCUUGCUGAGGUUAUUACAAGAUAAUAUCUUUCAAUAGAACAGGAUCCUUAUCUCCGAUUUUAAAGAUUGCCAAAUAGCAAUGGCGAGAUAGAUACCAUUUCAUUUUCCCUAAAUGGAUAUCUUUAAAUCACAAGAUGCAUAUCUGUCUGAGGAUAUUAAGAUUGCCAAAUAAUGGUUCUGUCGAGGUCAGGACUCACAUUCUCUCAGGGGAUUCAGAGGGAACUAACACUCAUACAGUAUGCUAUGCCACUACAGGAUAUGACCUUGAAUUCCUCCAAUCCUUUAAAAAUGUCAUCAUAGAUCUAGCUUUCAGAAUGCAUAAUGUGAGCUACUGCGGCAAACUGAAGAAACUGAAGAAACUGAAGAAACUGAAGAAACUGAGAAAAACAAAAACAAAAACAACAACCAAAAAACAUUGUCCUGGUGAGCAACUCAUAGGCUUGACAUUCACAAAGUAAUUGCGUUUCAAGAAAAUGCUCAAAUUAAACCAGAAUUUGAACAAUACAAUUUUGUUUACCUCUCUCUGCAAACUCUAUCCUUUUCAAACAUUUGCUCUCCUGGCAAUUAGCUGGUACCCAUUUCAAGCAAACUUUGUUAACAACCAAUUCAUUUCUUCCCACAAAGGCAAAAACUAAAAGAAAAGUGAAAAAUGUUGUUCUCUCCUGCAGGUGAGUGAGACAGAGAUAAACGGUCAGUUUGAGUCAGUGUGUGAGUCGGUGUUCAGUGAGGUGGAAUCCCAGGCUGUGGAGGCUCUGGACCUGCCCGGCUGUUUCCGGACACGGAGCCACAGCUACCUGAGGGCCAUCCAGGCUGGCUACUCCCAGGAUGAUGACUACAUCCCCUCCAUGACCUCCUCCACCGUCACCUCCACCAUCAGGUCCACCACAGGUAAGACCAACAGGGAAGGAGGGGACUGCAGUACAUAAACAGACACAGUAGUGUAUGAACAAUUGAUUAAGAGGACAGCUGAUCUAGUAUCCAAAGUCGAUGAUAUGUUGAAAUAACCAUGCAAGUAAUCUUUAUACAUCAGUUAAGACAGUUACCAUUUGUAAAUAGCAAAAUGUUAUAUCAAGUGAGAUUGAUGAAGUUAACAGCAUGCACAUGAUAUUUCUUGUGUUGCUCUGCUCUUGAAAUGCUUUAUGAAAUGGCUUCAUACGUUUGCAUGAAUCACUUUUACAUAUUUCUUGAUUGUUGAUAUAAAAAUAGUAUUCAAGUACAGUUUAUGAGUUGCUUUGAGCCAAUCCAUCUUAUUGCAUUUUCAAUACAGUAAUUAAUAUCCUCAUUCAUCAUUCAUAUCAGAGAGAAAAGUUAUGAACCCUAUUGAAAUCAUUCUGCAGGCACAUGAAGUGAACGUUAUAUCAUGAGACCUUUUCAGAUUAAGGGAAUUAUGGAUUUUAUUCUCCCUCGUUGCUGUUUCUGUACCAUAGGUUUUUAUUUUACGUGAUGGAUUUGCUCGCCUUGAGCACAAUCUGGGUCUAAACCUAAUUUCAUGAUAAGCCACAGGUGCUUUGGGUGUGUUCUCAGCUUGACUGACACUCUGGGCAGGGGAAAAAGGGCUGAGAUGAACAGUCCUUCAACUCCAGAGUCUUCAUGACUGAAUGGGUUUACUACAGCUUUAUCUACGUGUACUUACAAACCACACAGUGAUGCACACACACCUUGUGCUUUGAGUUUUCUAUCCCACAGAUUCUCCAGUUCAGUUCCUACAGAUGUGGUGGGUAAUAACUGCAUUGGUCAACAAAAUUGAGGUCACAAAAAUGUUGUUUUUCUUUCAUGUGAAAUAAAAUAAACUGCAAGUGUGACACUGAGUGACUAAAAGCACUUCAGCAAACGGUCCUGUAAGGUCGCCUGCUUCGCCAGGGGAAAAAUAGUAGCCAUGACAUUGUUUUCCAUUCCUGGAUCUGCACAAAAACAACAACAACCUUGCCCUUGUAAAGAAGUGAAGUCUUAAAAAAAGAAGAUCAACAUCUUUCCAGUGGUACCCAUUCUUUCUGCCGUGGAGUUAUACCAAUGAUAUAUGGGAAGGGUCAGAGAAGGUGUGGCCAUCUGGAGAAUUGUGCUUUUGACAGAUUUUUUCCAGUUAUUUACACUGCUUUCUCAACAAACUAAACAUCUUAAAAUGUGUAAUUGCAGUUUCAUGUAAUCUAUGGUGUGGAGGGUGGGUUGUGUCUGAUGUCAGGAGUCUUUGGGCGAUUGGUUCCACCCUCUGACUUCAGGUAGAUAGGUUAUACUGGACCUCAUGAUGUUCAAUAGGGUUCAUACUAUACUUCCUGAUAGAGGUGGGGAUGCGUUGUUCAUCUUUGCUUCUUUCCAGUGUACCAAGUUACACCUGUAUCAUAUGUGGUCAAUCUUCCAGAGGUUUUGAAUACCAUGCAUACAGUAGGUUUUUACAGUUUCUUAUUCUUUCUCAUGUGUUUUUGGGGCUGUCUUUAUGCAGUGAAAAGAUGAGACGCAUGCAUGAUACAGGUUCAUUUGAGAUUGAGAAGGCAGUGUAAACCAUAAUCAUAAAUAUGAGUCAAAAUGGGACUAUGAACAUUUAGUUUAUUUAUGUUCCUAAAGGUUUCCUUAUGUAGCAUCAUAGAUUCAAGCACAUACUGUAAUAAUUAUUUUUAGAUACUAACAAUUUCAAGUCUUAUUUUGACUCAUACAUUUCUUAACCUAAAAACUGCAUGACUUGAUUUCUGUGCUUUGUGGCUCCGAUAGCACAUUCUCUCCAGCUGCUCACACCUGUGGUCUGAUGACAUACUAUACAUAUUUACGUUUGUCUUCCAGAGGGAAAAUAUACACAGGAAGCCACUAGCUUACCUGAGUACCAGGCCAGUGUACAUCGAGACGUGGCAGACACAGGCCCAUUGGCCCAUGAUGAUCUAGGCUGCCCUAUCAGAAGAGACAUACUGUACCGCCAAGACAGUAUCAGUGCUACAGCCAAACCCCAGUCUGGGCCCCCUGUUUCACCCAGCCUGUUCAGGCCCCCUAAAGCUAGCAUCCAGGCCCCAGAGAGGCCCUCACCCAAAGCAAUCCAGGCCAGUAUCAAGGAGUCGGCCCAAUUGGCUGCAACCAUCAGCAUGCAGUGGAAGGAGGAAGUGUCGGCCAUGCGUCGUGAGCUGUCUGAUCUCAGGAGGGACCUGUGCACUGAGCUCAGGGCCUUCAAUAGUAACUUCAACAGCUUCACGCAGCACUACAGCACGUGGUCUCCACAGCCUGGGGCGUCUGGGGGAACAGGGGCGGCUGGGAAACGGCCUAAAGUGGCUCAAUUGUCAGUAGGGACGCAGGCCAGGAGCAAGGUGCUGGUGAGACAGAGCACGGCGGAUGCAGCCGUCAACUGUCCUGAGGAGGGAGAGGUGCAGGAGAAGCAGGCCGUCGUGAUGCGCCAUCUUCCUAAACAGAUCUCAAUGGACCCAGCCAUUCUAAGGCGUCCAGCAUCGCUGUUCGUGGAGGGUUCUAUCCCGAUCACUCUAGAUCCAGUACUUGUGGAUCCAGUUACCAUGAUCCAAACAGAACCAGUGCCAGUAGACUCAUCAAACACUGUGGUUCGCCCAGAACCACUGGACCAGAACACUAAGAGGCUAUCAGAACUGGUAUCUCCUGACCCAGUCAGCAUGAGCUCCUCAGAAGCACAGUCAGUGGAUCCAGCCAUUGAGGACCCCCUAGAUUCAGAGCAGCUGAACCCAAAGACUUUGUGCUCUCCAGAUCCAGUGCCCGCAGACGUAGCUAAUGUGUACCUUGAAGAAACAAACAAGCUGGACCCAGUUAAUCUGAACCCUUCAGAUACAGAAUCAAUUGACUCAGUUAAUGUGAAACCCCUAGUCCCAGAACCAAUAAUUAUGCACCUACCAUAUCCAGUACCUGUGGUUACUGUGUCCCCACCACAAGAGUCAGACUCUGACUUGUCCGCAUCAGAUUCAGAAUCUGUGGAAGACGAUACUGUGUGCCAGCAAAAUCCAGUGUCUCAAGACCCAGUUCCUGUGUGUCUUUCAGAUCCUGAACCAUUAGACCCAGGCCCUAUAGUCUCAACAGAGCCAGAGAUAGAACCACUGUCCCCUACUAAUGUGUGCUCAUCAGAUAAACUUGAUCAAUACUCAGUUACCAUUUUCCCAACUGUCAUAGUUACACCAAAGAGCCCAACUGAUUUAGAACCACUGGAUGUGUGUCUGAUCCCACCUGAUUCAGAAUCACAGGACCUAGCCAACGUCUGCUUUCCAGACCUCCCAGAUCCAAUCCCCUUAGAUUUAGACAUAUUCUCAUCGGAAAUAGUAGUGCAUGCAUAUCCAGUCACCAUCGACUCCUUUGAUGAGUUUGAUGAGUCUCUGGAGCCAGAAUGGCCACCUUGUCCAGAACCAGUGGACCAGGCCACUGAUUGUCCAUCUGAUCCAUUUGUGGUCCAUUUGGACUUAACCACCUUCAAUUCCUCAGAUGAAUCAGAUCUGAACUCAGUCUUCUUGGAUCCGCCGGAACCUCUGGAGACCAUUAGUGUGAGUUCAUCUGAUCUCAGCCCAAUCGCCAUGUACACACCACCAGACCCAGUUUCUCUGAGCCCCCCCAGUCUGGACCAACCCUCUAUAUACCGAAUGGAAUCAGUGUGUGUGGACCCAGCUAUGGAGUACCGAUUAGAUCAAAUGCAUGAAUACCUACCUACUGAGUUCCCCGAAGAUCCAGAACCACAGGACCAAGUUACAGUUCAUUCACCUGGUCCGGUCUCCUUCGGACUGGGCAGUCCAUUCACCCCAGACUCAGUAGACCUGGACUAUAUAUGCCACCCAGAACCAGUCAUCCUAGACCUAGAUCCACUACUAUUAUUACUAGACCCAGCUAGCAUUAGCUUGUCCCCAUUUGAGAUGGCACCCAUGGAGCCAGAGGAUGCCACAGGGGAAGCCACAGAUCCCUCUGGCAUGGAUGUCUGUGAGGACCCUGGAGAUAAAGAGGGGGACACAGCCCCUGACAACCCAGGGAAGUCUCACUGUGACCAGGACAGGUGGCAGCAGAAGGCUCCCCAGUGGGAACCACGCUCCAUGAAGAGGAGCUCUAGUGUAGAGCUAUGGAGUGGGAGAUAUGAGUACAACAGUGCGGAGAUAACAUACAUGUCUCUGACACUC